CGUUGUCUUUCGCUAGGGGAAAAAGAAACAAAGCGACUGGCCAGCUACGUGACGCGUUUUUUAACUAAUCAACAGUCGUUAAUCGCUGUAUAUUCUUAUGUUAGCCGUCAACAGUAAAGUAAAAAAUAAUAAUAAUUUGGUUGUUCCCGCUCGGUUUUACGUUUCUUUCCCCGUUUGUCGUCGAGCCGAACGCGGCUAACUAUCGUCUUAGCUAGCUACAAACCGAAGGCGCUUAACAGUUUUAUCGAAAUGAGAGGGGGUUCCUCGUACGGAGACAGGGAUAGAGACAGAGAUCGUGGACGAGACAGGCCACGGUUUGGAGGGGGCAUGGGUGGCCGCAGCGGACCCCCGCCUAUGAAGUUUGGAAAUCCUGGUGAGCGUCUCCGUAAAAAGAGGUGGAACCUAGAUGAGCUGCCAAAAUUUGAGAAGAACUUCUACACCGAACACCUCGAUGUCCAGCGCGUGGGUCAGUAUGAGGUGGAGGAGUUUCGCAGGAAGAAGGAGAUCACCAUCAGAGGCACUGGCUGUCCAAAGCCUGUAACUGCUUUUCACCAUGCUCAGUUUCCUCAGUAUGUGAUAGAUGUCCUGGUGCAGCAGAACUUUAAGGAGCCCACAGCGAUCCAAGCCCAAGGUUUUCCUGUGGCCUUAAGUGGAAAAGACAUGGUUGGAAUUGCACAGACUGGGUCUGGAAAGACCCUGGCUUAUCUCCUUCCUGCUAUUGUACAUAUCAACCACCAGCCCUAUCUAGAGAGAGGGGACGGCCCCAUAUGUCUGGUCCUUGCACCGACUAGGGAGCUGGCCCAGCAGGUUCAGCAGGUUGCCUACGAAUAUGGCAAGUCCUCCCGUAUCAAAAGCACCUGUGUUUAUGGUGGAGCACCUAAAGGACCACAGAUUCGCGACCUUGAGAGAGGUGUUGAGAUAUGCAUUGCCACGCCUGGUCGCCUCAUUGACUUCCUGGAGGCGGGGAAGACCAACCUGCGCCGCUGCACCUAUCUAGUGCUGGAUGAGGCCGACCGCAUGUUGGAUAUGGGCUUUGAGCCGCAGAUUCGCAAGAUUGUCGAACAAAUCAGACCUGACAGACAGACCCUGAUGUGGAGUGCAACAUGGCCGAAAGAGGUUCGACAGCUUGCCGAGGACUUCUUAAGGGAGUACAUCCAGAUUAAUAUUGGCGCUCUGGAGCUCAGCGCCAACCACAACAUUCUUCAGAUAGUUGAUGUCUGCAUGGAGACUGAAAAGGACAACAAGCUUCUUCAGCUGAUGGAGGAGAUAAUGGCUGAGAAGGAGAACAAAACCAUCAUCUUUGUGGAGACCAAAAAGCGAUGCGAUGAUCUCACUCGCAGGAUGAGGCGCGAUGGGUGGCCAGCCAUGUGUAUCCAUGGAGACAAGAGCCAGCCAGAAAGAGACUGGGUACUCACUGAAUUCAGGAGCGGCAAGGCCCCCAUCCUGAUUGCAACGGAUGUAGCCUCUCGGGGUCUGGAUGUGGAAGAUGUAAAGUUCGUCAUCAACUAUGACUAUCCCAGCUCCUCUGAGGAUUAUGUCCACCGUAUUGGGCGCACGGCCCGCAGUACCAAUAAGGGCACGGCCUACACCUUCUUCACCCCGGGAAACCUGCGACAGGCCAGAGACCUGGUCCGGGUCCUGGAGGAAGCCCGGCAGGCCAUAAAUCCCAAACUGCUUCAGCUCGUGGACUCGAGCCGUGGCGGUGGAGGCGGUGGCAGAAUGCGUUACCGUGGCGGCAGCUCCAACAACCCUAACCUAAUGUACCAAGACGAGUGCGAUCGGCGCAUGCGCUCUGGCGGAGGCGGCAAAGACAGCCACGGGGGCUUCAGCCGCAACAACCGCGACGACAACCGCUCCUCGUCGUCCUCCUACAGAGACAGAAACCGAGACCACAGGAACAACUACAACGCCAGCUCUGAUCAGUACCAGAACUACAACAACAACAGCGGGGGCUACAACCCCCGCGGCGGGGGGCCGUCCAGCGGCGGUCAGGAUCAACCCAACCAGCCGCAGGGCCAGUUCACCCAGGCCCCUUCUCUGCCUCCUCCACCGUCAGGGGCUCCGCAGCCGUUGAUGGCGCAGCAGUUUCCCCUGCCACCACAGCCCCCACUCAUGGGCUUCAUGGGGCAGCCGCCGUACCCUCCUUUCCCCUCUGCUCCCCCUCCUCCCCCAGGCCCACAACCCCCCCGAAAAUAGUUGUAAUUAACAUGUAAUGAGUUAAUUUGUUCAACUAUGUGUUUGUAGCUCAGCUUUUUUCUGUUGUGGUCUCCAACAAACGGGAGUGUGGACAGUGUUAUAUCUAAGGAGGGUAACGGCUCAUAUGUUUUACAUGUGGAAUUUGAAGUAUCCAAUAAAUAAAAAGCCCGGAAUAAUUAAAAUGACCCAACCAUGUAUUAUGGAGGAGGAACAGGGUUCUUUCUGUCCUUUAUUUUACCUGCUCCAGUCAGACUUUAAGAGUUAAUCCAAUAAAUUUGAGUUAAUGUUUUCUUGGGAAGAAAAAAAAAGAUUUUCACAUUCCAGACACCUUGACCUUUGUACUUAUUCAACCUGACUUCUUCUGUUUGAAAUAGGUGGCUUUUGUUGAUGGCUUCAAUUUGAGCUUCACCACAUGGGUUUAUUAAUCGGUUUUCUUUUCUAGUUCCAGUAAUGACCACUCUUAGAUUAUUAUUCUUUUACAUGAUCAUAAACUAUUGUAUUAGAUUUAGGUACAUUUAGUCCUGCAUGCCUUCACACUUUCCUUUUGUGUAGCAAGUCAGAGUGAAGUAGCAUUUUUAAUGAGCUUUGUUAAUCUUUGCUUGUUUUCUGUCAGCUAUGCUCUUUUUACAGUGUUUUCCUAAAUAAAUAAAAUAAAUAAAUGUG